AUGCCAAACCGGAAGAACACCCGGGAUCUUACAAAGCUCUCAGGGAAGCCCCUCACAGAGACCAUGAGGCCAUCUGAUCUGGAAAUGGACUCGGAAGGCUGGCUCACUUCGCCAGAUCUCCAUGAGCAUGACCUCCACAUUUCGUGUCUAGCUGUGUAUGACACGGCAAUGUUCCUCAUGGCCAACCCGAAUGUUACCUCAAGUCAUCUCUUUCGUGCAGAUAUAUUGCAUGAUAACUUGAGCCUCCUGGACAUCAUGCAGGAAAACGGGGAUGGAAUAACAGCUAAGCCCGCAACCAAGGUCGAAGGGUUCCAGCUGAUCAGGACUGUGGUGCGGAGAAUGAUACCGCGAAACCGAAGCCUGGACAAAGCUCUGGAGCAGACGUGUCAUAUCUAUGCAUCGCCAGGCGCUAUUCCUAAAAGCACAGGAGCGAUCCAUGAAGCUGACAAGCGGCGUAGCGCCCAUCGCCUGCUUGUCAUGUACACCCCGCAUGUUUCUACGCAAGAUGAAAUACCCUUCUACCACCCGCUCGUUAAAAGUCUCGCAUAUUUGUACAACACUGAGCCUUGCCCUGGUACAGGAACAGGUACAGGCACGAUGUCGAUCCACUUCUUGCCCUUUACGGCCGACAUUCCAAAACGCCUGGAACGUACUCUUCACGUUCUUCUCAACUUCAAUAUCCGGCUCGCUCAACAAUCAAAGGCAAAUAAGCCCCUGGGCCCUAUCCAUGAGACCAAUCGAGUCUCAUCCAAGGACAACGUGGUUCCCCGGCACAUGGUCCAAGACACAUAUGCCCGCCUCAAGACACUGUACGCCAAAGACUUGUGUGACCGGUGGGUUGAGAAAACCGAGCCCAGCAAACAUGUCUUCGAAGACUUGGCCAUUGCUGCUUUUCUGAUCGAGCUUUGGCGGUUGAUGUAUGACACUGUUCCCCCCAACGAGAAGAAAGAAACUUGGAAACAGGAAAACGCGACAGGUUUCCCGAGGUUCGUAGAUGUGGCAUGUGGAAAUGGCGUUCUGGUCUACGUACUUCUGAUGGAAGGCUACGCGGGCUGUGGCUUCGAUGCCCGCCGUCGCAAAACAUGGAGCAUUUUCCCCACAUCUGUGCAAGAGCAUUUAUCUGAGAACAUUUACAUCCCUAGGCCAUUUGCCGACGCACUUGGCUCAGUGGAUAUUGGUGUGAGUACACAUACUGGGGAGUUCCAAGAAGGAACAUUCAUUAUCUCCAACCACGCAGAUGAAAUCACUGUUUGGACACCGCUCAUGGCUGCUCUUGCUAGCCCAGCGUUGCCGUUGCCGUUUCUCUCCAUUCCGUGCUGCUCCCACUCGCUCGCUGGGUCCCGAUAUCGAUAUCCUCCACCGCAGAAGAGCAAAGAUCCGAAAACCCAGAUAGCAAAGCCAGUGGAGCAGAACCCACAGCCGACAUCUGGAGACCUGAGAGCUUUACGAGCCGCUAAGGACAAGGAGAAGACUGAAGACGGAUUGAUGAAUUCUAUGUAUGGCUCUCUGACAGCGAAAACAAUAAGUAUCGCAGAAGAAAUCGGAUACGAGGUCGAAAAGACGCAGUUACGUAUCCCAAGCACGCGAAACUUCGGCGUUUUAGGCGCUUGGCAACUGUUCUCACAGGACCGGAGAAGGAGCAUGACAGCGAGCAAUAUCAUACGGAAAGAGCCAGGUGAAAACAGCACAGAGCUUAUUCAAAGGAUCAAGAGUAUUGUCGAGCGAGAGUGCGCCAUGGAAGGUGGUAUACAAACUUGCGCGCGCAUGUGGCUUGAGCGCGCUCAAGGCUUGCACAAGGGCCCGGGGAUGGGGAACCAGGCGCAUAGUUGA